UCCAAACCAACUGUGCCGGUCACAACUUCCAUUCUUUUCCUUUUCUUCGUCUCUCCUUCGCCCUUCACUCACUAUGAAGUCUUUCGUUUCCCUUCUCGUUUUUCCCGCUUCCUCGCUGGCUGGAACCGUGCUAUGGAGCGGCAUUUUCAACUCUUCAGCUACCGUCGAGGACUUUGAUGAAUGGUCGUGGUCCAACCAGAUUGAACCGUGGCAAUGGUACAUCCAUGGCACCGGCAACACGUCGAAUUACCUGGGUCUCUCCACCGACUUCAAGAACCCUGCCGAUACUAGCGACGCCCAGGGUCUGCGCAUCAGCAUUGACGGCACCUCUUACUGGGAAGGUCAAACGAUGGAGCGCUCCGAACUCAUCCCCCAGACCAAGGCCGACCUCGGCUCCGGUCACCUCUACUACCACUUCUCCCUGUCGACCAAGACGGCCAACGCGCCCGACGCCUCCUUCGAGCACCAGAUCGCCUUCUUCGAGAGCCACUUCACCGAGUUGCAGUACGGUCUGGCCUCGGGUGCUUCGGGGUCCUCUGACAACACACUACGCUGGAACGCUGGCGGCAACACCCACUGGUCCGUGCAGCUGGAAGCCGGCAACUGGUACAACUUUGCGUAUGAUAUCGACUUCGACGCCCAGACGGUGGGUUUGUGGGCGUCCAACGGCUCCAACCCCUUGACUGAGGUUGUGUCGCCCGUCAGCGCGUCCGCCUCGUCCAACUCGGCCGACUGGCAUGUCGGUGAGCUGCGUCUGCCUGGCAGCGGAGCCUCGAACGAUGCGGCGGAGGAUUGGUUCUGGUCUGGCAUCUAUAUCGAGGAGUCGCCAAUCACGAAGGAGAUUGGGUCGGGUAGCGCUUCGAGCUCGAGCUCGGACUCUAGCUCUAGCUCCAGCUCUGCGGAGAUAUCUAGCUCUGUGAGCUCUUCGACCUCCUCCGCUCCCCAGUCCACCGCCGAGGCUACCUCAAGCACCACCGUCGCCGCUGCUACUACCAGCACUGUCGCCUCGAUCACUACCUCUGCUGCUCAAACAAUUGCAACCGCCCAGCCCGCCGUUGUCUCAUCCGCAGCCACCAGCUCCGUCUCCACCGCUGCUGCGGUCGUGACCUCGGCCGUUGCUCCUUCAGUGACCACGGAGGUGGCAGUAGAGAUUGCGACGACGGCCACGGCUGCCUCGGUGGCCUUGGCUACUCCCACCACUCCUACCGAGAUUCUGGAUGAUAUUCGCGCUAUCUUCGGUGCUCUUGUCUCGCGGUCCAGUGGUGUGCAUGCUCGUGACUUUGCUCCUCGUGCUUAAACGUGACACAUAUUGGUGCCUUGGCUCCUGUUGGGUGUUUGGACAGGGGACUGAGCGCGGGGGUGUUGCGGGAGGCUAUGACUUGGUUUUUUAAUUUCUUAGUCAAUUCAGUGUAUUAUCUUGUGUCGUUUGAUAGUUUGACGGAGUAUAAAGAAUGAACUCACCGCGUAUGAAGAUACACUUGCCACUAUGCAAUCAUUGCCAAUUCAACAACACUUGCAGGUAUCGUAUCGUGCGGUGGUAGGUUCCUAGCCAUGUUGAAGUCGAAAUUUCUAACGAGUAAGGAUGAUGUCAAAGAUGGGGGCC